UGUCGUUGUCGCAGGACAUUUCACGGGAUUGGUAUAAAAGAGAACGCGCUUUAAAGAAACGUUAAUACAACUUGGUAACGCCAACUUGAAUAAAUUAAUGUUAUUUACACACUUUGGGAGGAAUGAAUUGAAAAGAAGUUUCAUUAAAGUUUUCUUUUGUUUCAUGUCGAGUCGUAAAUGAAGGAAUUUCAAUAUUUUGAUUCUGAAUCCCGUAACGCGCAUAUACUGCAUUGUUGUAUAGCGAAAUGAACAUUGCCCGCAUUAACCGCCUUAAUUAUUCUGCAAACGCUCUGCUUCCAUGUUAAAAGUUACCCCCUAAGCGAUAAAUUAAGAAACGUUCACCUUGCCGGCAAUCAAUAAAUUAUUUCGUUCGUUCGUUUAUUUGUGUUAUUCCUUUGUGUAAUUUGUUGAGUGCUUCAUAAAGAAAAUUGAAAAAAAGCUAUAACCUAAGUUUAGUAUUAUACCGUGUGAAAAAAUGGCGAGAAUUAAUUCAACAACUUUUAUAUGCAUGUGCAUCAACUUAAUUCUGAUUGCUUCUUCGCCAUUCAAUGCAGUUUCGGCUGGAUCCUGUCGUGAGGCACAAUUAUGUUGCAAUGGUCGUGAUUCCUCGUGUGUUGUUCAAAAGGCACCAAUUAAUGCAAUAGUUGAAGAUCUCAACGAUAAGCCGUGCUAUUGUGAUCACGCUUGUUUGAAACUUGGCGAUUGUUGCGAGGAUUUUAAAAAUCAUUGUGGAGUACUAGAUUGUCAAGUCAGCGAAUGGAGCCAAUGGAGUGAAUGCGACAAAAGUUGUGGUAUUGGUAUGAUGACUCGUAGCCGAAGCGUCCUGCAGCCAUCCCAAAAUGGAGGAAAACAUUGCCCGUCGUUAGUGCAGAAACGUGGUUGUCAAGGACUCCGUUGUCAUGGUCAUCACGACAGGAAAGUUCUGCGAGAGAUGGCGCUUUUACUGCCAGCAGAACUCUCAAAGAACCAUAAUUUCAAUGAUAGCAGCGACACCAGGCGGAAUCUACGACUACGCUACAGGGCCUCAUACAAACACAAUCGAGACCGAGAACACGAGUAUUGCGUUGAAUAUGAAGUCAUUAAAGCAUCCAAACCUUGCCACAAACUCACGCCUUUCAAUAAGCUGCUAGAAGGUGAUCGCAUUAUUGUACGUUGUGACAUGGAAGCUCUUAUUGAAGAUUUACCUAAUUUUAGUCAGAAUAUCAUGAGCAGUACUCAGACAAAAUCAAACGCUCUUCACAAUAGUACCAGCAGAAAAUCGGAAAUCACAAAUAACUCAGCUAUUUUAAGCGAGGACGAAGAAGAAGAUGUCAGUGAAGAUAGUGAAGACUAUGAUCGCUCUACGAUCCCGACACCAUUAACCACAACAACGACGAUACAUCCUUCAACGACAUAUCACUGUCGUGGUGAAGGCCUUUCAGGACGAACAACUAGAUGGAGUGCUCUUCCAGCACCAUCUUGUCGUGGCAAAUGGCUCCGACUGACAGUAGGCAAGCCAAAGAAAUGUUCCCAUCCUCAGUUCAUUUUUGUUUAAAGGCGAGACCAAACCAUUCGACAGUAUAACAAAAAGACAUAUUGUCUGCGAUUAUUUUUACUUUUUCUUAUUUAAAUUUGAUUUUAAGUAAUUUUUGUUGAUAAAUUUUAUUAUAAAAAUACUCGUAUACAGACGAUUUCGUAUAUAUCUUAAGUUUAAUAUUAAUUUAAAGUGUUCACUAUAUAUUCAAAUUAAGUAACAAAAAAAAAAAAAAAAAAAAAAAAAAAAAAAAAAACAAUUAACUAAUAAUUAUUUUAAAUAAUAUUAAAAUUAAGAUUAAAAACUACUGAUAGAAUAUCUAUAAUAUGAAAAGAGAAAACAAAAAAAGUAAAAAAAAAGGAAAAAUAAAGAAAG